AUGCUGACCAACCAGAUGUUGUCCGCUGUCCGGGUGAUGGGACUGCAGACCCGCCGUAAUUAUGGUGCAUCUGCUGUACUGCUAGCGAAAGCAAGCGAUCCAAUUCAGCAGCUCUUCGUAACCAAGCUCCGUGAAUACGCACAGAAGAGCCAGAGCGCCGGUGGCAAGCUUGUUGAUGCUACACCGGAAAUCCAACGUGAAUUGAAACAGGAGAUGGAGAAGCUGGCCAAGCAGUACGGUGGAGCGCAAGGCGAAGAUAUGACUGCCUUCCCUACGUUCAAGUUCGAGGAACCUAAGAUCGAUCCAAUUAACGCUAGUGCUUAAAUUAUGCCGGGUCAUCUAAGAGUAUAGGAACUAAAACU